CGAAGCAGGAUGUCUGUGACUCUACUCUAUGGGGGAGGAGAGGGAGGGAGGGAGAGGGGGAUGGCUGAGUCUACUCUAGACAUCCAGUCUUGCCUCCCUCAGUCUUGCCUCACUCGCCCUGGUAGACACACACCCCCGGCUUUGCAAUGGAUUCGUGUGUGCAGAUUCCUGAUAAAUACAGUGGUUAUGCCCUGUCACACUUCUGCGUUCCCAAGCAUUAUGAAGAUGACCUGGAGGAUAUCAUGAUACCUUGGGGUCUUAUUCAGGACAGAACAGAAAGGUUGGCUCGAAACAUUUUCCAAGAUGUCAGAGAUGAACCACUAACAGCUCUCUGUGUCCUAAAAGGCGGCUACCGCUUUUAUACAGAUCUGUUAGAGAAAAUCACAACCCUAAACCGAUCACAUGGUUCUGUGUCAGUCCCAAUCAAUGUGGAUUUUAUCAGACUAAAGAGUUAUGAGAAUGAGGAAUCAACCGGAGAAAUCCGUGUCGUUGGUGGAGACAACCUCAAUGGGCUUCGCGGACAAAAUGUAUUAGUUGUAGAAGAUAUCAUCGAUACUGGCCGUACCAUGGAGAAGCUGUUGGCCAUCCUAGCAAAACAUGGGCCAAAAUCUGUGAGAGUUGCAUCUUUGCUAGUCAAGAGACGACAAGGAUCCACUGGGUAUCGCCCUGACUACACUGGUUUUGAAAUCCCUGAUAAAUUUGUUGUUGGGUAUGCCUUGGACUACAAUGAAUACUUCAGGGACCUUAAUCAUAUAUGUGUGAUCAAUGAAAAUGGCAAGAAGAAAUAUGCCGUUACUCAUUAGCAAACUCUUUCCAGUACAGUGAAGAAUAUUGCUAAAAAUUCCAGCAUUGUGUUUGGCAUAACUGUUGAUGUCACAGAAAAUAAGUAAAAGGUAUCACAACUUAUCUCCUAAGCAUGGCUUCUGUGUUUCUAAUUUUUAAAUGUUAAAUUGCAUGCAGUUGAGGCAUACUUUGUUGCAUAGUCUGCUAAGUUAUUAUUGAAAUUUACUGCAGUUGUUAUAGAAUUAGUCUUUGAAUUGUGGAAGAAUAUACUGUAAUACAGCUAGAUGAACGGACUGCAGCAGAAUCCAAAAUCAACAUUUUUUUUUUAUCAAGAAUAAUGACAUUCAGCUUGAUCUUGCAUGUAAAAAUGUAGAUAAAUAGAAUACUUGGAAUAUAUAAAAAGAUUUGUUAAGCUAUUGAAAUUACUAGUUAUGAGCAUAUUUAAAAUUCUCAUCUUCCAACGAGUUCCUCCAAGGCAGAAUGAAUUCUCACACACACACACACACACACACACACACACACACACACACACACACACACACACACACACACACACACACACACACACACACACACACACACACACACACACACACAGAGUGAGUGAGUGAGUGAGUGAGUGAGUGAGUGAGUGAGUGAGUGAGUGAGUGAGUGAGUGAGUGAGUGAGUGAGUGAGUGAGCGAGCGAGCGAGCGAGUGAGCGAGAGCUUUAUCAGAUUUGGAUAGGAAGAGCUAGUGCCAUGCACCUAAAAUGGAAUCCUAUUAAUACCGUAUUUGCUAUAAUUUUGGUGAUAUUAAAAAGUUAAGACAGUUUUUAUAUUCUUCUGUAAUACUUUUCACUUAAAAAAAUCUAUUGUAUCCUAAAAUUUGCCAUGAGUACAUAGCACUAAUUUCAGCCAUUUAUUUGUUAAGCUUAUUAGCAAUCAGUGUUUACUUUAUAAUAGGAAAUUUCUACAUUCUUGUAUCUAACAUUCCUUUUUCAGCAACUUUAUAGGAUCUUAGCAAAAACAUAUAUAUACGUGUUUGUGAGAAAAGUAAAAUAGUAAACGGUUGUUGGAAACUCAGAACUAAUCUGCAUUUACUGCAACAGUUCUGAGAUUUAGAUAUUUUAUUGAUAUUAGCAAAAUGGAUUCUGUUUUAGGAUUCUGUUUAUAUAUAUAUUUUUAUGUAAGAUUGUUUUUAUAAUUAUGUUAAAUGUUAAUUCAAAAAAGAACAUUUUCUAUAUCAUAUAUAGACCAUGAUUUCUUUCAGAAAAUUUUAUAUGUAAAAAGAUUACUAUUUUUGCACUAAAACAGGGAAUCAUAGACAACUAUACUAUCCUCAUCAAUUUGUAUAGCGUGGAAAGUAAAUAAAAUUUCAAAGUUA